AUGGGUGUCCGUGAAACGAGGGACUUUGGUCGGUAUCUCGGGUUGCCAUCGGUACUAGGUCGUAACAAGUCGGCUACUUUUCGGUACAUAGAGGAAAAGGUUCGUGAGAGGCUACUCUCUAAAGCAGGUAAAGAAGUAAUGCUCAAAAGUGUUGCUCAGGCCCUUCCCAUUUUUACUAUGUCCGUUUUUUUUAUACCAGCCCGGAUGUGUGACAAGAUUGAAAUGUUGUUCAAUCGGUACUGGUGGGGUGGAGGAAAUUCAAACAGCAGAGGGGUGCACUGGAUGAGUUGGAAUCGAUUGAGUGUGCCAAAGUGCCAGGUCGGGUUGGGAUUUAGAAGAUUACAUGAAUUUAACAUCGCGUUGCUUGCCAAGCAAGGAUGGCGGCUUUUGACUACACCGCAUUUGUUGGUUAGUCAAUUAUUGAAGGCAAAGUAUUUCCCAAAGUGCAGUUUUACAGAUGUUGUUCUUGGGAAUAACCCGAGCUACAUGUGGCGAAGUAUUCUGGCAGGUCAAAGUGUUAUGAAAGAGGGUUUAGCACGGUGGAUUGGGGAUGGCAGGGAUACAAAAAUAUGGGGUUGGUCUUGGUUGGCUGAUCAUGCCAAUCCCGCCCUCACUACUGCUCCUGUGGAUUUGCUGCGAGACGCUACUGUGAACGGUCUUAUGGACGUUGAAGGGCAAUGGGAUGAAGGGGUGCUCUAG